UUUCUUCUCACUCCUCUCCCACUUUCUCUCUCUAGAACCAUAAAUGAAGAUCAAAGGAAGAAGUUGUUAGAACCAGUUGAUUUCUUCAAGUAAAUCAACAUUCCAUCCACCUAAUUCCUUACAGACAAUCACCUCUCACCAAAUCCCAAUCCUUAAUUCCCCCAUAAAUGUAGCUCUCCAUUGAUCUCCACCUUCAACACUUUCCACCGGCGCCGCCAUGAACCACCGCCACAAUAAACGCCUCUCUCUUUCCGUCCUCUGUUUCUCUCUAUUUCUCAUCGGAAUCCUUAUCUAUAAUCAAGGCGUCAAAUCCCUAACGGAGUUCCCAUUCUCUACCCGUAAUGAAAGCCCACUUCCAGAACCAAACGUCAAUCCGGGAAUAGAUGAUGAGCAACCGAGAACAGAAUCGCCGGUGGAUGCUGCGGCGGAAGACGAUGAAUUUCCACCGGAGAGCUGCGAUGUUUUCGAUGGGAAUUGGGUUUUUGAUAAUUACACACACCCUUUAUACAAAGAAGAUGAGUGUGAGUUUCUGACAGAACAGGUGACGUGUAUGAAAAACGGGAGACAAGAUUCUAUGUAUCAGAACUGGAGGUGGCAGCCUAAAGAUUGUGAUUUGCCAAAGUUUAGAGCGAAAGUGUUGGUGGAGAAACUGAAGAACAAGAGGCUUAUGUUUGUUGGGGAUUCAUUGAACAGAAACCAGUGGGAAUCAAUGGUGUGUUUGGUUCAAUCGGUCGUUAGUUCUGGAAGAAAGAGAUUGGAUAAAAUUGGGUCUCUUUCCAUUUUCAGAAUCGAGGAGUAUAAUGCGACGGUAGAAUUUUAUUGGGCUCCAUUUAUUGUAGAAUCAAACUCUGAUGAUCCUGAGAUGCACAGUAUAUUAAACAGAAUCAUCAUGCCUGAAUCAAUCGAUAGACAUGGUCAAAACUGGAAAAAUGUUGACUAUUUGGUCUUCAAUACAUAUAUUUGGUGGAUGAACACUAUUAACAUGAAAGUCCUGCGAGGAUCAUUUGAUGAAGGAGCAACCGAGUAUGAAGAAGUCGAAAGGCCUAUUGCGUAUGCACGAGUGUUGAAGACAUGGGCCGAGUGGGUUGAUACAAAUGUAAACCCUAAUCGAACCAUGAUCUUUUUCAACAGUAUGUCCCCUAUUCAUAUCAAGAGCUUGGACUGGAACAACCCUGAUGGCAUCAAAUGUGCCAAGGAGACAAGGCCGAUCCUAAACACGUCCACACCACCAAACGUGGGUACUGAUCGACGACUCUUUACAGUUGCAACCAAUGUAACUAAAUCAAUGAAACUCCAUGUGCACUUCCUCAACAUAACUACUCUUUCAGAGUACCGGAAAGAUGCACACACAUCAGUUUACACUAUUCGCCAAGGCAAACUGUUGACUGCCGAGCAAAAGGCAGAUCCCAUUGUUUAUGCAGAUUGUAUCCAUUGGUGCUUACCAGGUUUACCCGACACAUGGAAUGAGUUCCUAUACCUACAUAUCAUCUCUGGAUCUUGACCCGUGAUGCACCUUUUACGUCUUGGUUUCUUUUCUACCAAUUCCGACCAUUGUAAGAGAUAAAAGUUGUCUCUUCUUUUUCUUUUUCUUUUUUUUUUUUUGUGAUUUUUUGGGUUUUUUGUAC